AUGAAGCUCUCUUCGAUCUGGCCUGCCACGGUCGUCGCCGUCGCCCUAGCCUUCCUUGGCCCCGGCGGGCUUAUCGCCUCAGUCUCCGCUGCCGGCCCAUUCCCUUCGUACGGGGAGUGGGGUGCUGGCGCUGGGAACGCUUUCGAACACGCUGCGGGAGAACUCGCCGACGUCAUUGGACAAGGCUCGGCGGGACGCAGCGGCCUGCUGCACGGCGGCCCGUCGUCGUCUUCGACCGCCGAACGGUACAGCCAAGGCGAGCGCAACGCCUUCGAGAGACUCGAGCGUCCCAUCGAAGCUCCGAGGCCCGGCUCUGCCAUGACCGUCAAGCUGGUCCUGCACAACAACGCGUACGACGAGGCCCAGGCCCGUAUCUGGGCGUACAGGCUCUACGACUACGGCCGAGUCGAGUGGCGCGAGGACAGUCAGCUUCUGUCGAGGAUGAGGCGGCUACAGGCCGAUGCGGACGACGGCUUCCUAUACGGUACCUACACCCGGCUCGGUCAGAAGCAUCUGGCUCGGUGCGCCGAUAUCCUGAACAAGUUCGACGCUCUCGUCGACGGGGAGAUGAGCGCGAGGACGAUCAGGAUCCUCUCGGCCCGUCUGGACCAGGCCGAAGCGAACCUGGGACACGUCCGAUGGGUGCACGCGCAGCUGACCGACCAGUCCACCAAGCUCAAGAACGACGUCCGCGCUCAGCAAGACCCGCGCGGCCUCGACGCAGCGGCCAUCUUUGACGUGGAUUCGACGCUCGGCGACCUGCUGCGCACUGAGACGAUCAUGUCGACGAACCUCGAGGCCCGCCGUGUCAUUCUCGGCGGCCUCUUGGACGCGAGCGCGAAGCGCAAGGCGACCUACACGCUCCUCGAUGUGCCGCAGCCGAGCAUCAGGCUCGCCAAGAAGAAGUUCCGCCUCGCCCCGUCAUGGUGGUCGGACGGCAAGCGUGGCCGCGACUUUGACAUGCCCCCUUGGCUCCAGAGCGAGGCGGCCACUUCGCACACGCCCGCCGAGCUCGUCGGUAUCGACCCGUGGUGA